ACAAUAUCAGUCUAGAAACUGUAUAGCUCUCUAUCAUUUCGAGAUGGUUUGGCUUUGGAGUCUUUUCAUUUUGGGAAUACUAAGCUAUGGAGGACGUGCAGACAACGGAGAUGGCGAUCAAACACCCACCAUUUCUACCAUUUCUACGACUAUUAAUGACCCAACUACACCUGGAUCAUCAGACAGUACUGCUUCGACUCAAGAAAUAACCCCCAGCACUAUUUCUACGAGUACUACUGAACCAACUACACCCGGAUCAUCAGUUAGUACUGACACGACCGAAGGCACAACAACCAGCACUACUAUUUCUACGCCCGCUGCUACAAGAGAUCCUCCUACAACACUACAAUCUGAAACUACUACAGAAGAUCUUGUCACCAAGCUGGAUAAAGUUGAAACGGCUAAACUACUUGAAAUACUGCACUCCUGUGAGGGUAAAUACAAUGGCAACACGGAGUAUGCUGGGUGGAUUAGUAGUGUCCGUGAAGCCAGUAAAUGGGGAAAGAACAAACUAAAAGAAAAGAUGGAAAUUCGCAUAAACUUUGAGACCUACAAUGCCAUUCGCCUGGACUUGGAACACAAAAUCGAGGAACGCAUAGAUGAGCUUGAUUUACUUAUACCCGAUCAGGAGCGGGAUAGCAGUUGCGCAAAGUUCUAUUUAAAUCAAAAGAGUCGCCUUAAAAAGGCUCUAAUCCUCACUAAUAUCCAAAAAGAGGAAAAGCUGACGCAAAACUCCAUCGAGUGUCCGCAUAGUAAUGACUAUCCUGAUUAUUAUUAUUAUAACGAUUAUCCAAUUGAUUCGAUUGAGUACUACCAUAGCGAUGAAUACAACGAUGAAUACCAGUGACCAAAUGGUACUUUGGGUAGAGAAAGUUCUCUCGAGGCAGAAGAAAGUAAAAAUAUAUAUAUUAAAAUGUGUUGAAAAACUAUAAAGAAGUAAAUGAGCAUUGAUAAA